AUGUCUGACGGUCCUCCCGCAAGCCGAAAUGUGGCUGAUCCUAUAUCGCCAAGCAGGUCGAAGGCUGUUGGGGCGGAUGCCGUGAGUGUGGCCGAGGCCCUACAGGACCAAAUCCUGAAGCUCCUCGAAGACCCUCAAGCUGCCCAGGGCACCACCACCACUGAUGUCCAAUCGGGCUUUGCUUAUCUGACGACCGUCAUCAAGCUCCUUGACAAUAAGGCACGCGCUUUGGACUCCCUUGAAGCCAUGGUCCCGUAUUUCACGCGGCUCGAGAACGAGAACAAGCGCCUUAGAGAGGCCAACCGCAUCUUGCAAGCCCGGGAUGCCCUUGCAGCGGACCGUGAGAGCAAAGACCAUGAUGAACGUUGUGUCCGCCAUGGAUUUUGCUACAGCAUGAUCCGCAAUCUCCGGGAGGAUGUUGCAUCCAAGGACAACAUCAUUGCCUCCCUGAAGAAGGAGGACGCCCAGGAGCAUAAGUGCAAGCAUCUCCGUAGCGAUCUUCUUACUGACAGGGCGGGAACAUAA